CUAGUUUAGUGUAAAAGAAAAGCUGGUAACCCUGUUUAUCAGUCGAAACUCAUAAUACAUAAGUUUUGUAUAUAAGUCAUAACCUAAAUUAUUUAUGUACUUUUUGUUAUAUUUACCCAAACAUUAAAUUCUAAAGUUAAAAUAUAAGGUUAGUAAAUAUGUUAAAAUCAUUUAUGGGAGCCUGUAUGGCAAGUGCCCAAUAUCAGCAAAUUCGUUUUGGACACAGAAUGCGAGGAAAACCUCCUAUAUAUGCCCGGACGCUUAAAGAUCGCUUAGAUGAAUUGAAUUAUAAAGACGAACUAUCUCUUACCAAGAUAGACAUCGGUUUUCCAGCAGAGAGAAAAAAUAUCUAUGAUAUACAAAAAGCAAGGACUGAACAUGUCAAGAAAUUAAAAUGUGAUCCAAAUUUAGAAAACUUGGCCCGCAAUCAUAAACUGGAAGUUGACUUAAAUGAAGUCAGGAAAGAAUGGUUGGAAACAACGGGUCCCUACCAUAAAAAGCAAGUAGCAGAUCAUUAUGCUGUGUUUGAGCAUCUUUAUGGAGAAGGAUAUUUUAUACCGUAUUUGAAUUUGGAAGUAUUCUAUGAUAUUGGAGAUGGAAACUCAUUACCAGUGUGUUCUGGUAAUGUUAUUAAACCUAAAGAGGCACUGAACUCUCCUACAGUAUGUUAUGAGUCUGAUAAUAACUGUUUGUGGACAUUAGCCUUAACUAACUUAGAUGGCCAUUUACAUGAAAAUCAAAAAGAAUAUGUACAUUGGUUAGUGGCCAAUAUUCCAGGGAACAGUAUAGAAAAAGGUGAUGAAUUAGUGGAAUAUUUACGUCCAUUCCCUUUAAAAGGCACUGGAUAUCACAGAUAUGUGUUUGUCCUGUACAAGCAGAAUGAUAGAGUCUUAUAUGAUAUACCUAAAGUUGUGGCAUCAUCUCUGCAAGAUAGAACAUUUGUAACCAGAGACUGGUACAAAAAACACCAAGACGUAAUCACACCUGCUGGACUUGCUUUCUAUCAGUGUGACUGGGACGAGAGUGUUAAAGACUUUUUCCACAACACACUCCAGAUAAAAGAACCAGCUUUCGAAUAUGACUUCCCCGCACCCUACAUAAGGCCCCAAGAGUGGUUCCCACGAAGAAAACCUUUCAACCUUUACAUGGACAAAUAUCGUGAUCCAAAACAAAUAAAUAAGGAGUACCUACUCAGAAAACUCAAACAUGAAGAUCCUUUCAAAAUGCCAGAACCUCCAUUGAAAUUCCCCAAUGCCCAACCCCUGCCAAAAAGCAUGCCAUCCUGGUUGAAACUUCAUGAAAGAAAGAUAAGAUUAGGCUGGGGAAGAGUCAAUGAUGUUUAAUUUGUAUAAAUUGCUGUAUUUAGUAAUGUAAUUAUAGUGAUAUAAAACA